CGCAGGUAGCCGAGAGACGUAGUAUUGUAAUAAUAAAUAAGACUGAUUUUAUGUGUUACUUUUACCCCUUUCAAGAUGGGGAAAAGUAGUAUUAGCGUUUUAAGUGUUAUAUUAUUAGUUUCCGUUUUAUGGAAACCAACGUACGGCAGUGAUAAAUGCUCUAUCAAAUGCACAGGAUCACCAACAACUCAGUCUUUCCUCAACGGACAUAAAUACAACUAUGGCGUCGAAGGUACCGUGACCAUCUUCCUGAACGGAGCCUCGAACCAGGAGACCAGCGUCAAGCUUCUCGGUCAGGCUUCCGUGUCGGCUGUAGGCAAUUGCGUGCAUGAGUUGUCGGUGCAGAACUUGGUUAUUUCUGGCCCUGAUGGCAAGAAACACCCAAGCCCGCCCGGUAUCGACAAACCGAUCCGCUUCACGCUGCAAGAUGGGCGCACCGGUCCCGAGAUCUGCGCUGAGGAGGGUGACACCCGCCGCUCUCUCAACAUCAAGAGGGCCAUCAUCUCUCUGCUGCAGACAGAACAGAAGCCUUCCACUCAGGUUGAUAUCUUCGGCACAUGUCCCACGGACGUUUCCUCCUCUCAAGAGGGCAGCGCAGUCCUGGUGCACCGCAACCGUGACCUGUCCCGCUGCGGUCACCGCGAGCAGGGCAAGAAUGACCUCAUCACUGGAGUCUUCAACCCUAGUGCUGAAAUCAAGGACACCCAAGUGCUCCAGUCCUCAAUGAACGUUGAAACCAAGGUCAACAACGGCGUACCUGAGAAGGUUGCUGCUACUGAGGAGUACCUGUACAGGCCCUUCUCUGUAGGAGAGAAUGGUGCCAGGGCUAGGGUCCACACCAAGCUUACCAUGACUGGCAAGGCUAAGGCCGCUAACAACCCCAACCGUUGCACGGAAACCCGCACCAUCAUCUUCGAGAACCCCCAUGGCGUGUCCAGCGGUCAGAACAACAUGCAGUCCGCGCUGAAUGCCGUGAAGGAAACCGCCAAGACCUGCGCCACUGAAGCCGGACCCAAGUCUGCUGGAAACUUCGCUCAACUCGUCAGGAUCUUGCGUGCCUGCAACAAGGAUGACCUCAGCAAAGUCUACAGCCACAUCAAGGGAAACAAUGUUGAGAAACGCGUAUUCCUGGACGGUCUCAUCCGUGCCGGUACUGGCUACAGCAUUGAGGUCUCCAUCCAGCUGCUGAAGAGUAAGGACUUGAGCCCCAUCGAGCAGAAGCUGGUCUUCUUGUCUCUGAGCAACGCUAAGCACGCUAACAACGAUGCCAUGAAGGCUGCUGCUUCUCUACUGGACUUGCCGAACCUGCCCAAAGAAGUGUACCUGGGUGUUGGUGCCUUAGCUGGUGCCUUCUGCCGCGAGCACGAAUGUCAUCACACCAAGAAUGACGGCAUCGUCGCUGUCAGCCAGAAGCUUGGAGCUAAGCUGCAAAACUGCAGGCCUAAGACCAAGCUUGAGGAAGACAAUGUUGUAGCCGUGCUGAAGGGUAUCCGCAACAUCCGUCACCUGGAAGACUCUCUGGUUGACAAGCUGGCUCACUGUGUGGCUGACAACAAUGUUAAGGCUAGGGUGAAGGCUGCAGCUCUUGAAGCUUUCCAGGCUGAUGGUUGUGCUGCUAAGCUCAAGAAAACCGCCAUUGAUAUCAUGAAGAACCGCCAGUUGGACUCCGAGAUCCGUAUCAAGGCCUACCUGGCUGUCAUCUCGUGCCCCUGCGCUCACUCCGCCUCUGAAAUCAAGAACCUGUUGGACUCUGAACCUGUUCACCAAGUUGGCAACUUCAUCUCCACCUCCCUCCGCAACAUCCGAGGCUCUUCCAACCCUGACAAGAAGCUGGCUCGCCAGCACUAUGGCCUGAUCCGCACUCCCAACAAGUUCAACACCGACUUCAGGAAAUACUCCUUCUCCGAGGAGGAAUCCUUCAACAUCGAUGCUCUGGGUCUUGGUGGAAACAUCGAGAAGAACGUCAUCUACUCCCAGGACUCGUUCCUGCCUCGGUCCGUCAGCUUGAACCUGACUGCCGAAGUCUUCGGACACAGCUUGAACGUUCUUGAGGUUGGAGGUCGUCAAGGCAACUUGGACCGCGUCGCUGAACACCUCUUCGGACCCAAGAGUUUCCUGCGCACUGAGGAACCCCAGAACUUGUACCAAAAAUACAUCGUCGAGAAAUUCAACCAAUACAAGGACAAGGUUGAGGGAGGUCUUAACAGAGGCCGCCGCUCCAUCAAGAGUGAUGUCGAUUCCUUCGACAAGAGCUUGAAGGCCGAAGCAGCACCUUUCAACAACGAAUUGGACUUGGACAUAUACGUCAAACUGUUCGGCACUGACGCCGUCUUCCUGUCUCUCGGAGACGACAAGGGAUUCAGCUUCGACAAGAUCAUUGACCAGCUCAUUCAGUACCUGAACCAGGGUGUCAACCAAGUUAAGCACUUCCAGCAAGAAGUCCGCGCUCAUAUGCUCUUCAUUGACGCUGAACUCGCUUACCCCACGUCCACCGGUCUGCCUCUGAAACUCGACGUCGUUGGAGCCGCCACUGGUCGCCUCGAAGUCGGAACCAACAUCGACAUCCGCCAAUGCAUGCGCAGCCCUAAAGACGCUAAGGUCGACAUCAAGCUGGUGCCCAGCACUGACAUCGAAGUCACCGGAGCUCUAUUAGUCGACGCCGACUCCAUCGCUACUGGUCUUAAGGUCAUCGUAAACCUGCACAGUUCCACUGGUGGUCACGUCAUUGCUAAGGUCCUGGAGAACGGUCGUGGUUUCGACCUGCAAGUCGGUCUCCCCAUCGACAAGCAAGAGAUCAUCACUGCUUCCAACGACCUGGUCUACUUCCACGCUGAGAAAGGACAGAUGGAGAAACACACACCCAUCAAGAUGGACCAUGUUACUAAGGAGAACACUGGCUGCUUUGACCAGGCUGCUGACUUCCUCGGAUUAACUGUCUGCGGAGAGAUGACUGUGCCUUUCUCAGUCUCUGGACCUGAUGCUCAGGCUUCAAUCGCCAAAUACCUGUCAAGCUAUCCACUCGCUGGCAAGACAAAGCUCCGUGUGAUGUUGGAGAAGCAGAACCUGAGGGGAUACCAUAUCAAGGGAGUCGUGCGGUCUGACGAAAGCGGCAGGGAGUCUUUCGAAGUACUGUUUGAUGCUGAAGGUGCUAAGUAUGGCCGCGCUCAAAUCAACGGUGAAUACACUUACAACAAGAACGAGAUUGGCGCUCAACUGUCCCUCAACUCACCUAUGAAGGUCAUCUCCGGACAAGCUCACUUGUACCGCAAACCCAGCGAAUUGACUGUCGUUGUCAAGGGCAAAUACGAUGCCAACGAAAUCUACGGCAAAGUUGGCUUCAACGUCCAAGGAGGUGGAAACCGCAAGGUCUACAAACCCAUCGCUGAAUACCAAAUGCCAGGAGACAAGGAGAAGCACAGCAUUCCCAUCUCUGGUCAAGUUGUUGAAGAAUCUGGCGCUGGUAAAACCAAAUACUCCAUCGAAAACAUCAAGUUGAACCUACCCAGUGUAAAGGAACCUAUCUGCAUUGAUGGACACUUUGCCAGCACUUCUGACAAUGAAAUUGACUUCGACACCACUGUCAAGGACUUGGCUACCCUUAAGGGAUCCGUGAAGAAGCACGACGUCAACGUUGAGUUCCAGAACAGGUUGAACCCAUACAUCAACUUCAGGCUGAAGGGACAUUUCGAAUUGGAACCCUCUCUUCGCAACGAAAUCGACCUGAUCUAUGGUGGAGACCUCCGCAACAACCACAACCGCAUUGUUUUAGGACAAAUGCUUAAAUACCACAAGAACUCUCCCGAGGACUUCAACGUUAUCACCAAGAACAAGUUUGAAAUCCACGCUCUCCCCCUGAAAGUCAAAUUCGACGCUGAUGUUGACCCCAAGAAGGUUGAUGUUGAGGUUGAAGGACAGUACAUGGACAAGAAGGCUGAAUUUGACCUUGACGCCAGGACUCAGAUCAAGAAACCUGGAGACUACAGCAUCAAGAUGAAGGCUGAGUACGACAAGAACGGAGUUGAAGUUCUCGCCAAGAGAGACAUUGUGUCUCCUGACAAGUCCAACUUGGAGAACUACAUUGAGUUCAAGAACAUCGGCAAAUACGAGCUCUCAGGAGUGUUGUUGCACAAGACUAAGCCUAAUGACAUGAAUGUUGGAGCCAUCGGUCACCUGAAGGCCUCCAUGGGCAGCAAGACCCAGGACAUCAAAUUCGACAUUGGUGUUAUCCAGACCCCAGCCCUGUACUCUUCUCACGCCAAGAUCUCUGAAGCCCACGGUGACAUCAUCGACUACCUACUGAAGGUUACUCGUGGAGCCAACCCUAACGGACAACUGAAGCUGAUCAUCAAGAACACCAUCGCCGCCAACGGUCAAUUCAAAGUCACUGACAGUGAUGGCAAGGGCAACGGUAUGAUCAUCGUUGACUUCAAACAGGCCCAACGCAAGAUCAAGGGAGACUUCAAGUUCAUGGCCAAGGCCCCGCAAUACAUCGCUGAUGUUGACAUCUUCUUGAACUACGAGAAGGACAACAAUGACAAGAUCCAUGUUAGCACCAACACCAAGAGGACUGAGAAACUGGUUGACUCCAAGAACAAGUUCCAGUACGGAGGCAAGAACUUUGAGCUGAACUUGCACCAGGAUGGAGUAUACUCCCCCACUGGCAAGACUCAUGGUAUGGUCGAGAUAGUGCUGCCGACUGACAGGUGCCUCACCCUCAAGGUCGAACGUGACAUCACUCAAAGCAAUGACAAAUACAACGGUCACGCUGACGUCACUCUGUCAGACGCCACCAAGCGUGGAGGACCAGCUUCCAUCAUCAGCUACAAGGGCAAGAUCAUGAACACCAACUUUGACAAGCAGAUCAUCAACUACGAAGGUCAGGUGGAACUGAAGCUGAAGGACGGGCAGAAGAUGCUGAACACCUUCUCUCUGAAAAACGUUCCUGAAGGCGAUAAGUUCAAGUUUGACCUGAAGUAUGACCUGAACGGCAACCUGCUGCCCAAACCAGUGACCCUGCUGGUCAGCUCCACCUACACCGAGUCCAUGACCAUCGUCGAUGACAAGUAUCGCGUCAAGGGAGGAUAUGGUGACGACACCACCUUCGAGCUCACUGGAGUCUCUGAACUUAAGGGAUUGGAAGGCGACAAGAAAUACUUGGAAGACUUCACCCUGAACGUGCGUCUGCCCUUCGAGAAGGCUCACGACAUCAAGGUCGUCUCCACCGUCCUCUACCUGCAACCUGAGAACAAGGACACCUUCGAAUUCACCAUCGUGGAAUCAGUCCAAAUCAACGCUGAUGUAUACAAGAUCGAUGCUAACGGCAAGGUCGGACCUCAGACCGGUCUGUCAACCCUCAAGCUGUUGGCUCCUCAUGUAGACCCCAUCGUCCUGGAUGCCAACUACAAGGUUGAUGAGAAGGGAGACAGAAGCAACAACCACGUGGAACUGAAGGCUAAGUACGGCAAGGGCAAGUCUGCCACCAUUGCCGUGGACGCCGCCAUUGCUCCUCGCGACAACAAAGUCAGCAUCAAGGCCAACGCUCCUGGAGCUGAAGGUUUGAAGAAACUUGAGCUCACUGUACACUCUAAGAACCCCGCCCCCGACACUUACAUGUCUAACAUGAUGGUUGACGCUGAUGGCCGCGUGUACAAGUCAGAAUCCACCAUCGUCUUCUCCAAGGCUCAUCCUCAGAUCGAUGUCAAAUACACCAGCCCGUCUACUCCUAAACCCAGCAGGCUCUUCGUCAAGGGAAGCUCUCUAAGCUCCACCCAGGGCAAGAUCGAACUGAUAAUCGAGAACAUUCGUGACGUUUCCCUCCAAUGCACCACUGAAGGCAACGUACAGAAGGACAAUGUCAACUUCAAACUGGCUGCCAACUCUGAGAAACUUGGUCUGAAGAACUACCAGGUUGAGAUCGCCAGCAAGGACGCUGGCAACGGCAAGCGAUUGGAGUUCCACGCUACUAAUGACAACAAGAAUGUACUUAGUGGAAGCACCUCCUACAUCAGCAAGCAAGAAGGUCCCAAGAUGAUCAUUGAAGGCUCCGGCGCCGUGAAGGUCAAGGAAGACCAGAAAUCCGCCAACUUCAAGUACAUCCGCACUAUCCUUGGUGAAGGAAACGAGAAGGGAGUCGAGACCUUCUUCAACAUGGCUAUCGGAGAGCGCAGCUACGUGGCUGAGUCUCGCGUCACCAACUUGGAGUACAAGAACUCUUACGUCUACUGCGAGGAGAAGAAACAGUGCGCUCAUGCUGAGAUCAACUCCAAGAUCGAUAUGUCCAAACCUGGUAUCAUCACCAACGUUAUCAACGCUGGUUUCGACCUGCGCAAGUUGGGUAUCACCCCCGAGUUCGGUCUGAUGAUCAAGGACGAGGUUUCCGACCAGAAGCUGCCGCAAUACACCCUGGACCUCCACAUCAACAAGGAAGACAAGAAAUACCACCUCCACGUUUACAACACUCCUGAAUUCGGAAAUGCCAAGUCUGGAAUAACCAUCCAGCUUCCUCAACGCGUCAUGGCUCUGGAAUCCGUGGUCAGCUACCCAACCAACAAGGGUCUGCCCUUCCCUGUCCGUGGAGAGAUCUGCCUGGACAUGGACAAGAACAAGCAAGGACACAGGACCUCUGCCAGAUUCUUGGUUGACAUGGAUGUAGCCAAUGAUAAGCAACAGUCUGCUAUUGCUGAGUUCGGAUUUAACCACCCUAAGAUCAACAAGGAGGCUGUAGUCAAGUUCCGUGGAAACCUCGUGCGCCCACAACAGAACUCCGUCAAGAUUGAGACCUCUGCUUCCAUCUCUCACCCGAUCCUUGGCGCUGACCGUGAAACCAAGGUUUUGGUUGAAGGCUCACCCACUCACCUCAAGGUUUUAAUCAACACUCCCCUCGUGAAGGUGAUCGACGUGGAAGGAUCAGCGACCGUCAACGACAACCUGCAGAAGGGCGAGAUGAAGGUCUGUCUGCUGGAAGGCAAGCCGGUCCGCGUGUCUGCCAUCGCCAAGGACUACCAGUACUUCGAGUUCACCACAGGUUAUAGCGACGAAUCCGACCGCAAGCUGUCCAUCGUUGGUCACAUCCAGCCUGAGAAGCGAGUGGACGUCAGCGCUGACAUCAUCCUCGGAGGUCAGAAGAAGAACAUCGUUCACGGAGCUCUGUUCCUGGAUGAUAACCUCGUAAAGAGCGACUAUGGCGCGUCUAAGGACAACUUCAACUACUUCUUGACUGCUCUGCGUAAGGACCUGGACAACCUAGAAGGCCGCAUCAAGCAGCUCGGAGAGAAGGCUAACGAUGACUUCAAGAGCAUCAUGUCUCGCGUCGAGCCUACCUUCCAGAAGAUUGAGAAGUCAUUCGCCGAAGACCUGGACAGGUUCUACAAGGAAAUUGCUGAUGAUAAGGUGCUGAAGGAGAUCUCUGAGGCGUUGAACAUCAUUGUGAAAUACGUCGCCAAGAUCAUUGAGGAGGUGAUCGAGGGUACCAAGCCCAUCGUGGACAGCAUCACCAAGAUCUACAUCGAUACCGCCAAGCAAGUCCAGGCCGUUUACGAGAAGGAGUUCGAACCAGCCGUGAAGCAGUUCUACGCGCAAGUGUCGAAGUACUUCAAGGAGUUCCUGGACAGCCUCAUCGACCUGGUGGCUCACUAUGCCGCCCUCGUCUCCGACUUCUACGAGAAGCACAAGCCUGAGCUCGAGGAACUCACCAACACGCUCACCGCCAUCUUCAAGGACCUGACCCGCCUCGUGGUCGCUCAGCUGAAGGAGUUCCGCGCCCGCGUCGCCGCUCUCACCAACGAACUCACGCAAUCCCUCAAGGACAUGCCCAUCUUCGCCGUCAUCAAGGAGAAGUACCAGGAGCUGGCAGUACCCGAACAAGCGAUCGCCCUCUUGGGAGACGCGUACAACACCCUGAAGGCACUCAUCCCGACACCAGAGAUCAGAGAGUUCACUGAUGCUGUACACUCUUACAUCACCAAGAAACUGAAACAGGAGAAGGUUGACGACAACAAGGAGCUCCGCGUGAUCUACCAGAAACUGUCGACAGCUGUCACCUCGCUCAUCCAGUUCAUCCGAGUGCAGCUCGGACAACUUGGAGUGCCCACUGGACCUGCCUCUUUCAGCCCGAUCUCGUUCACCCCCGGUAGCCCACAGUCUCUGCCAGGAUUGGGAGGUCCACCAUCAGCCAGCGUGCUCAACAAGCUGCUGACAGGAGACGUACCUGAUGUCCUCGGCAUGAUCAAGGCUUACAGGCCCAGGAGCUUGAAUCCUUUGGAUGAGGUGCCCGCUAAACUCCGCGCUGUGGUCGUCAACGGCCAGCACAUCUUCACCUUCGACGGUCGCCACAUGACCUUCCCUGGCAACUGUCGCUACGUCCUCGCCCAUGACCACGUCGACAGGAACUUCACUCUCAUGAUCCAGCUCGCCAAUGGACAGCCUAAAGCUCUCAUCUUGGAAGACAAGAGCGGCACUAUCACUGAGCUUAAGGAUAACGGACAGGUGACCCUGAACGGUGCCAACCACGGUUUCCCAGUGAUGGAGAAGGACUCGUUCGCUUUCCGCGAGGCUAGCGGCCGCGUCGGCAUUGGUUCUCAAUACGGAGUCAUGGCCAUCUGCUCUCCUAAACUUGAGGUUUGCUACGUCGAAGUGAACGGUUUCUACCUUGGCAAGCUGCGUGGUCUUCUCGGAGACGGCAACAACGAGCCCUACGAUGACUUCCGUCUACCCAAUGGAAAGAUCUGCACAUCAGAGAGCGAGUUCGGCAAUGCAUACAGACUCACACGCAGCUGCCCCGCGGCCAAGGCGCCCGAGCACUCCGCACACCAGCUCCAUGCUCAGCUCCCGCCAGCUUGCGAGGAGGUGUUCGGCGGAGCCUCGCCGCUCAGACCGCUUAGCCUGUUCCUUGACAUCGCGCCUUUCAGACAAGCCUGUGUCCACGCCUGCUCCGGAGACUCUAAGGAGGCCCUCAACCAGGCCUGUGACCUUGCCCGUGGUUACACCGCCCUGGCCGUCUCCGGCCUGCUGCCCGCAGUCCUGCCCGACGUGUGUGUGAAGUGCAUAGACGCUGACAAGCCCAGGAAUGUCGGAGAGAGCUACGAGAUCAAGGUCCCCAACAAGCAAGCUGACAUUGUUGUUGCUUUCGAAACUACCAAGGACAAUGAGAAGAACUACAAGGACAUCGUGGUUCCUCUAGUGGGACAGGUCAUCGAUGGACUGAAGAGCAAGCGCAUCACUGACGUGAAGGUCUACCUGGUCGGCAUCACGCCCAAGUUCCCCUACCCCAUCAUCUAUGAUACUGACCCGAAACUGAAGAACGCCAAGGUCCACUUCGACGACAAGAGCCGCUACCAGAGGUUCGCUGACCCCACCAUGAACAAGGAGGGUCUGAACGCUUACUACUUCGAAAUCGCCUCCAUCGUCGAUGCCCUCAGGAUUGAGCUUGGUCUCACCAACGUAGUAGCUGGUUACGAGUCGAUCUUCCAGCUGCCACUCCGUGCUGGCGCCGUCAAGCACACCAUCACUGUCGUCGGAGAGGAGUGCGUCAGCCAGUUGUUCCUGGUUGAGGUCGCUCGCUCCAUCGCCUACAGCAUCGCGUUUGAUAACAUGGCGUACUCGCACUCCAUCGUGACCGUCACCCCCAGCGGCUUCAAGCUCGGCAACGGCAAGAACCCCGCACAGAUUGUUGGUUACACUGAAGACGCUGUGAUCAUGCUGGGAGACAAGAAGGUUGGCAAGGACGCCGAGAACCUCAGGAGCACGCUGGUCAAGACCAACGACGCCUGCAGAGACUUCGUUGAGUCGACCGAAGGUAUCGUGUUCUCCGCAACCAACUUCCACGGCCUGAACCCUGGACAGCAGAAGCAGUUCCUCCAGACUGCUGCAGCUGCCAUCAACUCGAAGCUGCUACAUGAUACCAUGGUGCAGGACUGCACCUGCGUCUACGCAGACCCCUUCAGGGUUCGCUCUGUUUGCGUCACCAAGGAUAGGAAGGAAGUGGCUCGCAGAAGGAAGUAAAUCUGCGCCCUCAACUGUGAUCGAAUCGUGCCAAGUACCAAAUACUCUAGCCUUACGUAGUCCAGUGCGAGCGAGACGCACCUAUACCAAUGUAGCUGCGUCUCACUCGCACUCAUUCAUCCAAUAGUCUUCUACGGAAAUAUAGAAUAGUGUAGCAUCCCUUGCUGUUUCAACAUUCAAUAAUUUAACUACAGUUAGUACUAAACCAGCGAUGGAUGGUUGCUUGUUGUAUGUUUCCGUGGCAGAAGUAACUAUUCAUUAUUAAUUGUCAUCAGCAGAAUCUGUUGUAUUUAUGAAUUGCCGCGUACCGUCGUGAGGUAUUAAGUGAUCAUAACGACUCUGUAUUAGAUUUAUAAUAAAAUAUGUUAUUUAAA